CGCCCCCUUCCACCUCCCCCCGCCCCUCAGCGCUGCUGCUGCUGCCGCUGCUGCCGCUGCCGCUACUGCACUCGCCGGUACCCGCGCCUCAGAGUUCGUGAUUUAUUCUUGAGAAUCCUUUACUACCAUCGUCCUCAUGGAUGAACUUCAGGACGUUCAACUCACAGAGAUCAAACCACUUCUUAAUGAUAAGAAUGGUACGCGCAACUUCCAGGACUUUGACUGUCAGGAGCAUGACAUAGAAACAACUCAUGGUGUGGUCCACGUUACUAUCAGAGGCUUACCAAAGGGAAACAGACCAGUUAUUCUGACCUAUCAUGACAUUGGCCUCAAUCAUAAAUCCUGUUUCAAUGCAUUCUUUAACUUUGAGGACAUGCAGGAGAUCACGCAGCACUUCGCUGUCUGCCAUGUGGAUGCCCCAGGCCAACAAGAGGGUGCACCCUCAUUUCCAACAGGAUACCAGUACCCUACGAUGGAUGAGCUGGCUGAAAUGCUGCCUGCUGUUCUUACUCACUUAAGUCUGAAAAGCAUCAUUGGGGUUGGAGUUGGAGCCGGAGCCUACAUUCUCAGUAGAUUUGCACUCAAUCAUCCAGAGCUUGUGGAAGGCCUUGUGCUCAUCAACGUUGACCCUUGCGCUAAAGGCUGGAUUGACUGGGCUGCUUCCAAACUUUCAGGCUUGACAACCAAUGUUGUGGACAUUAUUUUGGCUCAUCACUUUGGGCAGGAAGAGUUACAGGCCAACCUGGAUCUGAUUCAAACCUACAGACUCCAUAUUGCCCAAGAUAUCAACCAAGAAAACCUCCAGCUUUUCCUGGGUUCCUACAAUGGACGCAAAGACCUGGAGAUUGAAAGACCCAUGCUGGGCCAAAAUGAUAACAGAUCAAAGACGUUGAAGUGUUCAACUUUACUGGUGGUUGGAGACAAUUCUCCUGCCGUGGAGUCUGUGGUUGAGUGCAAUUCUCGCCUGAACCCUAUAAAUACAACUUUGUUAAAGAUGGCAGACUGUGGUGGACUGCCCCAAGUAGUUCAGCCUGGGAAGCUCACCGAGGCCUUCAAGUACUUUUUGCAGGGAAUGGGCUACAUCCCGUAUGUGCAGCUCAGUCACCUGGGCACCGAGUCAGUACCGUCUGCCAGCAUGACUCGACUCGUCCGAUCUCGAACCCAUUCCACCUCAAGUAGCCUCGGCUCUGGAGAAAGUGCCUUCACCCGAUCUGUCACCAGCACUCAGUCAGAUGGAACUCAAGAAUCCUGCGAGUCCCCUGAUGUUCUGGACAGACCCCAGACCAUGGAGGUGUCCUGCUAAGCAGAUGCUCCUCUACGGGAUCACACAAGUCCACCUUCUUCAGAUGACCACUCCAUAAUUUAACAUGUCGCCCAGCAAACUGGCAUCUACUCUCUUUUACCUCCUGCAUGGCCACUGACUCUCUGGUACCCUGGAUCUACCAUCCUUUCUGCCUGCCCACCCUUCUUUUUGUAUGUACCAAGAACCACUUCCAUGACAUUUCUGUCACAUUCCAAAAUCUUUAGCUAAUUGAUCUCCUCCUUCUCUUGCCAGCUUUUUCCUGUGCUUUCCCAACUAUGUAUCUGAUAAGAUUCUUUGAUCCUGACGUAUGUAUGUGAGCACGUGUGUCUGUGUUUGUGUGUGCAUAGUUCCGUGAUUUUAGAUAUGCUUUCUUGUAGAGCUUCUGCAAAAAAACAAAAAAAAGGGAUCUUUUUCAUUUUCAGUGGUGUUUUUAGGGGAAACAGAUUUCUAGGUUGAAUAGGCCGCUACACUCAUGUGGUUCCAAAUCGAUCCACAAGAUUUGCAAAGUGACUUCAGGAGAGAGCAGCUCUGAGGAAUGUGGCGGAUCAAAAUCCUGGUAGGACUGUUGGUUGUGACCGAUGGGAUCAUGCUGUUACAAAGAAAGAGGCAGGUAGCUGGCACCUGCCCCUGUGUAAUGAAUUCACAGCCACUCUUUGGUACAGAAAGGGAAGGGACAUAAUUCUGCUAGAAGUCCACAAACGAGGAGGUUCAGACGCAGCAUGGAAUUUUCCUCAGGAAGUGAGCGCUGAACUCUUCAGAGAGGAAAGUGGGAGAAAAAUGCUGGGCCUCCACCCUGCCAGAGCAAAACCACAGUCCCUGCAGCGUCUCAUGGGACAGCUGCCUUCUGUGACAGUGUUCUCAUGCCUCACCUCCCUGAGAGGACAAGAGAUUGCCUGAAGACUCUGUCACUGGUGAGGAAAUGGCUGGGGUCGGAGAGGAGCACUUCUUAUCUGACUGUCAUAUUUAAUAUGAAUAACCAUAAUGUCUGCCACCUUACUGGAAGCUAGGUUAUAUUGAACAGAGAUUCCAAAUGUUCCUCAAAAAGAUUCUUAAUUCUGGCAGCUCCCUUUUAGUCAGAGGCACAAGCUUGUCAGUACAGGAGCCUUUCCAGGUAAAACUGCUCAGCCUCCUUCCUGUCUGCUGCUCUGUGAUGUGGUCACGGCCCACCAUGGUGUUGCUGGGGGCAGGGAACCCGCAGCUGCACAACAAUGCCAGCUCAGGGCUCAGGUUCAGAACCUUCAGAAAGGGGCUUGUGAGACAGUGUCCGCUUUCUGCUGAGACUGGGAAUGCGUCACUCUGCCAGAGUACAACUUUUUACACAUUAUUAAAUAAAGCUGUAUAUGUCUCAUUGUUA